AUGCAUUUCUGGAAAAAGAUAGGUAUAAAGGCCUCGCACUGGGUCCGACCCCACAACAGCAAUUCUGAAGGCCAGUACUUCAGCACCUACUCUGUACAAAUGGGUUUAAAUCAAGAAGACUUCAGCUGUCAUUUAGAGGACAGAGAGAGAGAUUUUCUAUAUCGGGCGGGCGAUGCAGGCUGUUCCUGAACUAGCACACCCAGCUCAGAGUUUCCAUGAAGACUCAACCUGAAAGAGCAGAACAUUAAGGAGGUGUAUGUGAGCCCCGAGUUCUGAACUUUCCUCCAGCCCUUUCUACAACAGGUUGUUGAGGAUUUUGAGUCACUUCUCACUAACACAACUCUGUGGGGAACAGGAGAGAAAAAUAAAGUCGCAUCUAAGGCCACAUCUAUUCUCCAGACUAUGGAAUCGAAUGUUCUAGAAAUUGCCUUGAAAGCUCCAGAUCAAGAAAUCCAGAAAAUUCAACAUAGUACUAUGGCUGUAGAAACUCGAGUUGUUACAGACAAUUGCUCCAAGGAAAGAGAGAGGAGUUUCACCUUGAACGUCCAAAUGAACGCAAUGGACAUUCACUGCAAUGAUGUCAUCCAGGGAAAUACACAAGGUCCCAGUGCAGUUGCCUUUAUUUCAUACUCUUCUCUUGGAAACAUCAUAAAUGCAACUUUUUUUGAUGAGAUGAAAGAGAAAGAUCGACUUUACCUGAACUCCCAGGUAGUGAGCGCAGCUAUUGGACACAGAAGGAACACGUCUCUCUCCGACUCUGUGAUUCUGAGUUUUCAGCAAGUGAAGGUGAAGCCCCUGAGCAAAAAUGUCUUUUGUGUCUUCUGGAAAAGCACGGAGGAGGGUGGCCACUGGUCCAGGGAUGGCUGUUUCUUGAUACAAGUAAACAAGAGUCACACCACGUGCAAAUGUACCCACCUGUCCACUUUCGCUGUCCUUGUGGCCUUCACCAGCCAGGAGGAGGAUCCCGCCCUGGUUGUGAUCACCUACGUGGGGCUGAGCCUGUCUCUGCUGUGCCUCCUCCUGGCGGCUCUCACCUUCCUGCUGUGCAAAGCCAUCCAGAACACCAGCACCUCGCUCCACCUGCAGCUCUCGCUCUGCCUCUUCCUGGCCCACCUGCUCUUCCUCACGGCCAUCGACAGAACUGAGCCCAAGGUGCUGUGCGCCAUCAUCGCGGGUGCCUUACACUACCUCUACCUGGCGUCCUUCACCUGGAUGCUGCUGGAGGGCCUGCACCUCUUCCUCACUGCACGCCACCUGACGGUGGUCAACUACUCCAGUGUGAGCAGGUUCAUGAAGAAGUUGAUGUUCCCUGUGGGCUACGGAGUCCCGGCUGUGAUCGUGGCCAUUUCCGCAGCGUUCGGGCCUCACCUUUAUGGGACACCUGAUCGCUGCUGGCUCCACCUGAAACAAGGAUUCAUCUGGGGUUUCCUUGGCCCUGUCUGUGCCAUUAUCUGUGUGAAUUUAAUAUUUUUUCUCUUGGUCCUUUGGAUUUUGAAAAGGAAACUCUCCUCGAUCAAUAGUGAUGUGUCAACCAUCCAGAAUACGAAGAUGCUGACACUCAAAGCGACAGCUCAGCUCUUCAUCUUGGGCUGCACCUGGUGUCUGGGCAUCCUGCAGGUGGGCCCAGCUGCCCGCGCCAUGACCUACCUCUUCACCAUCAUCAACAGCCUGCAGGGCGUCUUCAUCUUCUUGGUGUACUGUGUCCUCAGCCAGCAGGUCCGAAAGUGGUGGAGAGACAUCAUGAAAUGUAAAUCUGAGUCUGAGACUUACACACUUUCCAGCAGGUUUGGCCUUUACUCAAACCCCAGUAUGGACAAGUGAAGGGAAAAUAUUAAAACUAGAACAUUCAACUCCAUAUGGAAAGUCAUAUCCAUGGAUCUGGUUGGCAUCAUGAAGAAUGAAGCUGAGGACAAGGGGAAUCAUUAUACAUAUAUCCUUGGAGGAGACAUGUUUAACCUAUACUUCCUGAAGUGUUUGUGCUGCAUAAUGGGCUCUCAAUAAAUGUG